ACAGAAACUCGGCCACUUCCACACAAUCAGAUGCUUUGCAAUGGCGCUGGGAGGGAUCCCAGCUACGUAAUAAUGGAUGUCUUGCGCAAGCUUAGUGCCCAUACACCAGAAGCCACUUAAACCCCGAAUUCCUCACCCAGUUUACCUAUCCCCUCCAUGAACCUUAAUUCUCACAUCUUCGUUAUUUUCUUGACAAUAUUCGUAUAAACCUAAGUAACCAUGGGUGCAAAAUCAGGAACCGCGCUCAAGUUCCUUCAAUGGUUCAUUCGUGGCAUUCAAUUUGCCUGUGCAGCCCUCAUCCUUGCCAUUUACUCCUACUUCUUAGCCACGCUCCAUAACCACAACCUUCACAUCAGCGAUACCAUCCGCGCUGUGGAGGGUAUCUCUGGUGUAGCUGUUCUUUACACUGCUGCAGCUCUGGUGCUUGUCUGCUGCCUCGCUGGUCGUACACUUUCUUCUCUCCUCGCGAUUAUCUUGGAUGUCGCCUUCAUUGGUGCAUUUAUUUAUGUUGCUGUUGCCAACAAGGGUGGUGCCAGCAGCUGCACUGGCUAUCUCGACACUCCCUUUGGUAAAGGAAAAGCUGGAAACACUGCUGAGGGAAGUGAUGGAUUCACUGCUUUGCCAAGUUACCGCACGGCUUGCAAGCUCCAGUCUGCUUGUCUAGCUGUUUCCAUCAUCGCCAUUAUCUUCUUCAUAUUCUCCAUUGUGAUCGAGGUUGCCCUUGCUCGCCACCACCGCAAGGAGAAGCGCUUCGGCCCCAGUCCUGCUAACGAUUACACCUCGGGUUAUGGUGCCAAGGGUGGUUUUCUGGGCCGUCUUUUCCGUCGUCGCAAGACUGCUGCCGCCGAAGAAGGUCAUGACUUGCCGGAGCAUACUCAUCCUGAUCAGCUCGAUACAUAUCGUCAGAGCCAUACCACAGAUCGCACCGCCGUCAACAACUACCCUGACAAUACCUACAACAAGUACGAUAACACCGGCUUCAGUUAUCAAGACACCAAGUAUGGGCGCCAGGACGGUUAUGGUCAGAUUCACUACCCUGAGCCUGAGUAUGGUGUCACUCAACCGCCCGCUCGUCAGACCGAGAAUCCAAACUAUCGCUACGAAGACGGUGUCUAUGAUCGCAAUUAAAAUAGAACGAAAGAAACUGGAAAUCUGAAUUGAAAAACUGCACAGAAUGAUGCCCCGAAUGUUGCUCCCAGCAAAAUCAACAGGUUGCUCAUGAAUAUUCACAUUAUGUUAGAUAAUAGGGCUUGGUUAGCCUGCUUAAUGAUUAAUCAUAUGUAUUUUGAUCUUCUCAAAGCCGUGAUAAUAGUGAUGAGCCGUUUUUUUCACUGAUGAACGUCCAAUUCAAAGCUUCUGUUCACAUUUUCUUUUUACCUUAAACUAUCUCUUAGUUUAAUUUUUCUCCGGGGUCUUUUGUCGCUUGAACACUUUAUACCCAUCUGACGGGCUGAUCUCUUCGCUUUAAUCUCUUCCAUCUCCAUAUCAUCGCAGAGCCAGGCUUGAAUAGGUAUCAAAGAGGUUGAACAGUUACAUUCCAUGCCAAAAAGCUGAUGUAACGGGAAACCCACAAUCUUCGAGUCUUCACGGAAAGUAAACAAACAACUUGCUGUUUGCCAUCGCCAUAUCAAUCAAAAGCGCCCAAGCAAGAACCCUUUUAUGUAACAAGCUUACCAGACCUCACCCGGCUCUAGUUCGCUCAUGCCAUCGUCACCUCCCCCAUCUGUCCAAUUCAACUCCAGCUUCUCAAGUUCCCUGGAGAAAAAGUCCUGCUCGUCUCGCAUGGCAGCUCUAAUGUCUGGUGCGAUCUUGUCUGGGUACCGGCGAAGGUUAAGCCAGUGUGUUAGGCUGCGCAAUGCUUGUUCUAGGGGAAGCGCUGCGUCUACUUCGGCAUCCACGUCACUUCCCGCAAGCCAUUCGUCCUUCAGCUCCGGUCGACAGUGCAGAUAUAUCGCCGUGAUCACCCGCAUAUUGCUCUGGCGCCACUUACGGCCGCAGUAGGGAACCUGGUUCUUGAACAACUUAAGCGUGUAAAGGCGUAGUUCUGGUUGAGGUACUUUGAGAGACUUCCUAAGGAUUGUUGACGACUUGUAUUGGACAAGCAGCAAGUUUCGGUGUGCUUUGUUUUUGCAAAUCUUUUGCAUCACUCUCAAGUAAUUAAUGAGGGAGAAGAAGUUGCGGCGCGAGAAGUCUGUGAUAGGCUCUGUCGGUUGUUGAUUGAGGGGAUAGCCAAGCUCGUCUACCUCGGGUCUCGUUGAAGUAGCGUGGUCAUCACUGUUGGAAUCUGUGUCAUCGUCGUUUUGCGCAGUUGGCGAUCGUCUUCUCCUGAUUGGCGGGGGGGCAGCUUCGUCUUCACUCUCUUCUAUCUCUUCGUCAUCCCCUUCAUCUUCCUGCACCGAGUCUGCAGCUGCCUUAUCUCUAGAUUGCGACAACAGGCUACAGAAAUGGAAGAAACUAGGAAUAUUAGCAGACUGGUUCUAAACUCCCAAGCAUUACCCCAUACCUAUUUUCAGCGCGGU